CAUCCAUUUCAUUAAUCCUAUUUCUUCCUCUAAAUUAUAUUUUUAAGCAUCAUCAAUCAAAUAUAAUCUUUUUGAUAUCCCUCCUAAUCGAAAUUUGAUCCUUAAAUUAUCACUAUUUUAUUUUCUUUUUUUUUUUGGGUGUUAAGUUUCUUUUGUUUUGGAUUUCGAGUUUGGUGAUCAAUCCCAUAAAAUUUUCUUGGAUGACAACCGGUGGCGCGACCCCCGUUACCACCACCGGAAGUCCACGUUUCGGGGGUGUUUCAGCCCACCGUCGUCGUGGUGAUGUCACGACGACGGCGUCCACAGAACCCGACUCUGUCAACAUUAUGGGACAUCACCAUCAUCAACAUUUGCAACAAGACAAACACCUCCAACAUCAUCAAAAUAUUAAUGAUUGUAUCGCGGAAGCCGCGGUAGAUUGUUUUGGAAGUUGCAAUACAACAAAUCAUCAUCAUCAUCAUAAUUUGUUGAUAAACCAUACAAAUAACCAUAUACGUAACUACGGAAAAUUAGGGAAGAAUUUGAGACGUACAUUGCUCGGGUUUUUGAUCGUGCUUGUCGGAUUUAGUGUUUUUGUAAAGUUUUCGUAUAUGGCUGGUGGCGGUCCCGUGGCGGAAAUGGAGGCUGAAGCAGUGGCAAGAAGUUGGUCUAAUAAUGCUCAAAUGUUGAUAUUAAGGGAUUAUAAAAGUGAUAUGAUGAUUAAAGCACAAAGAGUUUUAUCUAAUGACUUUGAUCAUCAUCAUUCUUUUUCAAGCAUGCCUAAACGGGUGUUAGAGAAAUCCCUCGAUUUUAAUCAUGUCCCGGAAAUUUGGAUGAAACCAAACAGUAGUCUUUAUCAUCAAUGCAUCGAUAGACCUCGAGAUAGAAGCAAGAGUAGCUUCCCGACAAUUGGGUAUCUUCUCGUCCAUGCCAAUGGUGGAUUGAAUCAAAUGAGGACAGGAAUAUGUGACAUGGUGGCUAUCGCAAAAAUGAUGAAUGCUACUCUUGUUCUCCCGUCUCUCGAUCAUCAAUCAUUUUGGACGGAUCCGAGUGAUUUUAAGGACAUUUUCGAUUGGAGGCAUUUCAUCGAUAACUUGAAAGAUGAUGUCGAAAUUGUUGAGUCUUUACCACCAGAAUACGCAAAAGUGAAGCCUUUUGUCAAGGCUCCGGUUUCUUGGUCAAAGGCUAGUUAUUAUAGAGGGGAAAUGAAGGCCUUGUUAAGAAAACACAAAGUGAUCCAAUUUACACAUUCUGAUGCAAGGCUCGUCAACAACGGUCUCUCAUCAUCUUAUCAGAAGCUUCGAUGUCGUGCAAACUAUCACGCCCUUCGUUACUCAGAUGAGAUUGAAAACCUUGGCAGAAAGCUCGUUCAGAGACUUAGGAGUGAUGACGAACCGUAUAUCGCACUACAUUUGAGGUAUGAAAAGGAUAUGCUUGCAUUCACAGGCUGCAGUCAUAACCUAACAACAGAAGAAUCAGAAAUACUUGCAACAAUGAGAUACAGUGUGAAGCAUUGGAAAGAAAAAGACAUUAAUGGCACAGAAAAGAGACAACAAGGAGGGUGUCCAAUGUCACCUAGAGAAGCAGCUUUGUUUCUUAAAGCCAUGGGCUACCCUACAAACACCAAGAUCUACAUUGUAGCCGGUGAAAUUUAUGGCAAUAACAGCAUGGACGCGUUCCAAAACGAGUUUCCAAACGUCUUUUCACACAGCACACUUGCAACUCCCGAUGAGUUAGCCACUCUUAACCGCUACCAGAAUCGGCUAGCGGCCCUUGACUACAAUGUUGCCCUUGAAAGCGACGUGUUUGCUUACACGUAUGAUGGGAAUAUGGCUAAGGCGGUCCAAGGGCACAGACGGUUUGAAGGGUUCCGUAAGACAAUUAACCCUGACAGGUUAAAUUUUGUUAAGCUGAUUGAUCAGUUAGACGCAGGCGACAUCUCAUGGGAGACAUUUAGUUCCCAAGUCAAGAUGAUCCAUAAAAAUCGGGUGGGUGCACCAUACAAGAGGAUACCCGGCCCGUCUCCAAAGCUAGAGGAAAGCUUCUAUGCAAACCCGUUACCUGGAUGCAUUUGUGGUGAAUCAAAACAGAACACUCUUCACGUACUACCGGAACAAAGACCGAGCCAUGGAGAUUCACUGCGGGCAUCAGAAUAAAUCAUUUUUUCUCUUCUAUUCUUUGAUAUCUUAAUUACUUCGGCAGGAAACUAUUUGGUGUCUGUUGUACAUGAACAUACCUGUAGUUUUGUGUGGCACCGUGACGUAGAGUGUAGCCCCAAAGGAACUGUAGAUUUUAGGAACAAAGCGAAUACGAGUUUGGACAGAAACGGGUAGUUUAAGGUUUCGUUUUUUCUUGGCUUAUGUUGUUUCACAAUUUAAAGCAUACAAAGAGUUUAGCACAUUCAUUUCUUCAUCAUUUUGUCAAAA